GACUAUGUAUAACCAAACGGGGGAGGCGGAUGGAGAGUUAAAGUCCGAGUGAGAACAGCUGAGGAGCAGCCCAAGCGAAAACGGGGGGAACGGGGGAUUCCUCUGCUUGGAAGAGUCUCUUGCGCCCUACAAUUAAUACAAGACAGAAAUAAUUCAAUCUGCUACGCACUAUUUAAAUGAUCUUCAGUAUACAUAUUGAAAGCAUAACUGCCAAUGAAUUGCAUCAAAUCCCAUACUGGGAGCAACUCUUGAGCAGAGGACUGCAUCUACCUCUAGACAAUUGUGAUAACUCCAUUCUGUGCUUGCUUACACAGGUUCUGUAUACUGGAUCCACAGAAGUGAUCCAAAAUGCCUUUCAGUGAUGAGCAGAGCAGUGACUGUGAUUCUUCAAGAUCCUCAGAAAGUGCAAUUUCUUCAUCAAGUGACUCUGAAUACUCAAGGCAGAGUUUUACCAGUGAUUCUUCAAGCAAGCCCAGUUCCCCAGCCUCAACAAGCCCUCCCAAAAUGGUUACAUUUGAUGAAAUGAUGGCAGUGGCAAGGAAUUUGUCAAACCUGACUCUCGCUCAUGAAAUUGCUGUAAAUGAGAAUUUCCAUUUGGAACGCAUAGAGCACCCGCAGAACAGCUUGCCUGGAAGGAUUAAACAAAUUGUACAUCAAGCAUUCUGGGAUCGCUUGGAAGAAGAUUUGAAUGAAGAUCCUCCUGAGUAUGAGCAUGCAAUCAAACUGUUUGAGGAAAUUAAAGAGAUCCUUCUUUCUUUCCUGAACCCGGGGGCUAACAGGAUGCGCAACCAAAUUUGUGAAGUCCUUGACACGGACCUCAUAAGGCAGCAGGCUGAGCACAAUGCAGUUGAUAUCCAGGGUCUUGCAAACUAUGUCAUUAGCACCAUGGGAAAGCUGUGUGCUCCAGUAAGGGAUAAUGAUAUCAACCAGUUAAAAGCCACUGGGAAUAUUGUAGCAUUGCUGAGACAAAUAUUCCAUGUUCUGGAUCUCAUGACAAUGGAUAUGGUUAAUUUUACCAUUCAGAGCCUUAGACCUCACCUUCAGCGCAACUUGGUAGACUAUGAGAGAUCAAAAUUCCAAGAUAUACUUGAAGAAACUCCAAAUGCCCUGGACUUGACAACUGAAUGGAUAAGGGAAUCAAUACAAGAUGAAUUAUCUUCCAUUUCCUGUGAAAUGUCAUCAUCUCUUGGUGCUAAUGGGAUCUCGAAACCAAACCUUAGUCCUACAGUGGUGUUAACAAACAGCUACCUGAAACUGUUACAGUGGGAUUACCAGAAAAAAGCAAUCCCAGAGACACUAAUGACAGAUGAAGCUCGCCUUCAAGAGUUAUCCAAGAAAUUGAAUCAGAUGAAGAUUGUAGCAAGUAUUUCUCUCAUAACAAGCAACUUGGUCCCUGUAGUUAUUGAGGGUAUUCCAGACUUUCUUGAGAAACAAAAAAAGAUUUCUUUCGUUUUGCUUGAAGGAAUGCAUAAGGAGACUUUUGAUUUAAAAGAAGCUCUUAACACAAUAGGUAUUCAGACAUGUAGUACAAUAAAUGAAUCACUCACAGAGAGAGGCUUUCAACCAUUAAAUAAGGAAAUUCAAGCAAAUUUGAUGGGUCAGCUCUGCAACAUUGUUGAGGAAGACAAUGCUGUUAUCACCUUAAUUGAUAAACGAAUUCAUGCAUAUAUGAAAAGCUUGCUUGCUUCUCCAUGCUUUCAGAAAUCUAUGCCUACUGUUCCUGGAGGUCUUGGUGUGAUUCAGAAAGAGAUAGAGACUAUUGGAUCACAGUAUGCCAGCACUGUUAACCUUAAUAAACAGGUUUAUGGACCAUUCUAUGCAAGUAUCUUGCGAAAACUUCUGUUCAGUGAGACAGAAACAAACAAAGCAGAACUUGCACCUUCUACCAACUGAAAUACAUCCAGCUUCUGUUUUGUUCCCUCCUUUUCACAAUAUUUAUAUUGUGAUUUGCAUUCUUCUUCUGAAUACUCAUAGCUUGCAGUGGUGACUGUUAAUGGGAGACAGAGAGAAUUGUAUCUAUAUUAUACAGAUUAUAUUCAAAUGAACAAAAGUUCCCUCCAAAUUAAAGCAGUUACUAAAUUUUAAAAGUAUAACUUUUGAAAGGAUUAAUUCUGUUUGUAACAAUGAAUUAUAACACAUUGCACUUAUUUACUGUAAAUGUUUUUUUCCUACAGAAGUAUUUCAGAUGUGUAUGAUAAAUGCCCACAGUAAUAUACAUCUUUUAAAUGUUUAAUAUGCUUAUGCUAAUGACUAUGGUGCAAUAAUGUAAAAAUGUGUAAUUCAGAUUUAAUCUGAAAUAAUUGUUAGGGCAUUAGCCCUCUGUCUUUACUCCAAAUGGAUUGCUCAAGAAAGCCCCCCCCCCCCAUUUCUCUCUUCUCUCAAGCGAAACGGUGGGGAAGAACAUGUGUCCAAUUUGUCCCAGACUGUUUCCUGUUUUUAGCCCUUACUGUAUGCAGUCUUCUUAAUAGUCCAGUGCCAGUUGCUUAGAAUUUAGCCUUGGAUGUCUCCUGGAGGAAUAGUUCCUUUUUUUUUUUAAGGGAAGUCAUGAUUAUUUUAACUCAGUUGCUUAACAACUUGCUGAAUUAUAUACAAGCUAUAUUUAUUAUUUUCUCAAACUUACUGAAGGGCUAAAACACAUUGAGCAUAUAAUCCUACCUUGACUACCAGAAUGAAUCAGAAUUUCAAAAUAGAAAGUUUCUGCUUUAAGAAGAAUAUGGUAUUAAGCAGCAAAUGCUGAACUUGUUAAGUGGAACAACUUUUGCAGAUUUAUGUCACUAAGUAGUUCCAGUUGAUAUUUUAUUUGCUUUUGUAUAAAAAUGAAUUGUCAUCACUUUGGAUAUAAUAUGCAGCCUUCUUACCAUAUGAUGCUUCUGAAGUGACUGUCAUAAAGACUUUCAAGAAGGACCUCAAUGUUUAAAAGAACUGCAGAUACAUUUGUAUGUCUGUUUUUAUUUGUACAGAAAUAGAACUGCGUACAUCAGCCUUCAUCAACCUGAUGUCAAGGAAUUUUGAGAGUUGGAAUCCCUACAAUAUCAAGGAGAUGUUGGAUUGGGGAAGGCUGAUAUUCCUUUUGUAAAAAAUCUCUAUUGAAUAUAUAUAUAUAUGGCUUGGCUAUUUUAGAAGAGAACAAUUUCCUUUUUCAUACAUGUGUCAAUUCCAUAUGGGAUUGAACAAAAGGGUAACCUUUUGUGAUAAAUGCUUGUUUGGCAAUCCAGAGGUGCUUGUGACAGCCAACUUCAGCUUUACAAAGCAAUUUUCUUAAACGGCACUGUUUUUUUCAAUGUCUUUUAGGCGAUCUCCUUGUUCCAGUCUUCCCUUGCUCUUAAUAUUUUGUUUUUUUAGUUUUCCAAGUAAAAGGAAAAGUAUUCCACCUCAUUUUUCUAAAUAAAUUUUAGCUUUUUUGGGAAGAGAGAGUGAGAGAUGAUCGUGGUAGCCAUCAAAAUAUUAUGUGUAUGGCUAAAGGAAGUAUGUAUUGAGCCACAAUAUUUUUUGAUACUAGUGACUUGUAUCAAGAAGUGAAUAUGUGAAUAUCCAAUAUACGGUGAAUAAAGUGUGGCCCUCUGAUGCUGUACUAUGACUUUCAGCAUCCUACACGUUGGUCAUACUAGCUAAGGCUGUUAAGAACUGUAGCUCAACAAAUGGAGGACUACACUUUACUAACGCAUGCCAUAUACUGACAAAGCAAUUAUCUAAUUCUUAACCUUGAAAUUUAAAAAGUGUAAAAUAUUUUGGACCUAUAUAUGACUUGAUAAGGUUGUGAAGUUAACAUCUAUUAAAAAAAACCCUUACUGCAAUCAUGUUCUGUUCUUAAGCACCCUACAUUAUGCAGGGAGAUCAAGUGGGGAAUGUAUGUCUCCACAAAUUGUUAAUUUACCUGGAGGAUUAGAUCCAGAUCACAUUUGUUUAACCUGGAUACCAUUGAAAACAAUGGAACAAGUUAAGCAGAACAAGUCCCAUUUAUUUCAGUGGGUACUAAUUGCAAUGAAGAGUAUGAAUCCAACCUAUAUUUAUUGUACAAUGUUCAUGCAGAAGAUAUUGUGUGAUUUUUAUAAAUGACUUGAAAAGGGCAUUUUAUAUAGCAUGGCAUGUCUAUUCAACAGUCUUUGAACAUCUCACAACUAAUUUUCAUAACCUCUUUGAUGUUCAGAAUGCUCAGUUAAGUAAAUUUGUUCCUCUUGCAUGUUACCUACUGAACUAAUAUUAUUGAAGUAUAUUUACUUCAUUUGGCUAAAGUGAGAUAUUGUACGUAAUUGGUUUGUUAAGUGGUUUUUGUCUUAUUAUAUGUAUUCAUUAAAUUUGGUUUGAUUUGAAAAAA